GGUGUGGUUUGGUUGCCUAGGAAACUGCCAAACAAGAUGGCGACCAGUUCUGCUCCUGAUUAUGAAGGUGAGGUUAGGGAGCUGGUCCAGUCCCUCAUCGCUGGUUGUAUUCAAGAGAUAUCCAGUGAAGUACCUUUAGAGACCAUUAGUAUACCAACAGGGCCGGAGAUAAACCCAGAGGAGUGUAUGGAGACCAUUGAAGAACUCAUUAAAAGUUGGGAUCUUGACGGUAGUUGGUUGCACCACACCUCAUACACUGGAGUUAGGUCGGUUGGAGGUAGAGCCAUCCACUCCUUCAGCGUGAUGUUCAGUCAGCCAUCAAGAAGGAAACCAGCUCCUAGAGCUACAGCUUCAGUGUUCUUCUUCUUCAUUGUAGAGGGAGAGGGGACAGAGACUAGUACUACAGUGUUUUAUGUGGUGGAGAGUCAGCGAGUCGUGUUAAGACCUUCUACUCCGUUUCGUGAGGUUUGGCUACGUAAAAUCAUCAGUAGCAAACUAGAAAUAAACUCACGAAUAACACUCAAAUAAACAGACAGUCAUACCAUGUAUGUACUGUAUGUACACCAUGUACUGUAUGCGUCUUUUGUUUUCAAUAUUUACUAACAAUUAUUGACUAUUGUAUCAACUAAAA